ACGCUGCGUUUAAUAGUUCCUGUCAUAUGCUACGGUCACGUGACUGUCAUCAACAGUGCAGUUAAACAUGGCGGUGGCUACGUCUGUUUUCCACAGAGUAAGAACCGGGUCGAAAAUAGGCGCUCAGUACGACCAAGACGGCAACCUCAUCCAGGUGGAAACCCGGGAGGAUGAAGAGCAGAGGGUGAAGCUGACAGAGAUCCUGGAGCUCCUGCUAGCAGCUGGAUACUUCCGAGCCCGGAUUAAAGGAUUGUCACCUUUUGAUAAGGUGGUUGGGGGUAUGACCUGGUGCAUCACCACCUGUAAUUUUGACAUAGACGUGGAUCUUCUUUUCCAAGAAAACUCAACUAUUGGGCAAAAAAUAUCCUUGACAGAGAAAAUUGUUUCUGUUUUACCAAAGAUGAAGUGUCCUCAUCGCCUGGAACCCCAUCAGAUCCAGGGGUUGGAUUUUAUCCACAUUUUCCCGGUCAUACAGUGGCUGGUGAAGCGAGCCAUAGAGACGCGGGAAGAAAUGGGAGAUUAUGUGAGAGCCUACUCCAUUUCUCAGUUCCAGAAGUCCCACAGCCUUCCAGAGGAUAACGAGUUCCUCCAGAGGAAAGACAAGGCAGUGAGGGCAGUGCUGGACGUGUUGGAAGUGUACAAACCACAGAGGAAGUACAGGAGGCAUAGGAAUGCAGAGGAGCUGCUGGAUGAGGAGUCCAGGGUCCACUCCACUCUGUUGGAAUAUGGAAGCCUCUGUACUAGAAUGUCAGAGCUCUUGCUGCGAUAUGGAUUCAGCAAGCAGAGCAAACAAGACAAGGUCGAUGAGGGGAAGGCUUCACUGGCCGGUGGCUCUCAGCCAGCAUCUCAUGGCAUGGGUGACGUGUCAGAGGAAGAUGACCUGCAGGCAGUAGAGGAAAUGCGAAUUAAAACGUUGAUGACCAACAUGGCUGCCAUGGCAACUGAGGAGGGGAAGCUGACAGCAAGUGCAGUGGGUCAGCUCGUCGGGCUGCAGUCUGAAGAGAUCAAACAGUUUGCUUCGGAGUACGCUGAGAAGCAGUUAGAGCUGUCCUCAGAGGAGCAUGAGCAUUACGGCCCCCUGCAGCAGCACCACAGGGUGGUCGCCUCACUCAACAAACAGAUCCAGCAGAAGACUAAAGAGCUGGAGGAGCUGCAAGCCAAGCAUGCAGAGGUGAAGACAGGCUGUGAUGAGGACAAGAGGAAACUAAUGGAGGCUACAAAGGUCUCAGAGACUUUGGGGAAAGAGUUGGUGUCUUUGGAAGAAGUGGAGGAGCAGGCUGACAGGAGGCUGCUGGAUAAGCUGAGGGCUCUGGUGACGAUGAAUGAGAACCUGAAGCAGCAGGAGCAGGAGUUCCGCACACACUGCAGAGAAGAGAUGGCUCGUCUGCAGAGGAGCAUUCAGGAGCUAAAGUCUGCAUCAGGACAGGAUACAGAGGAAGAGAAGGAGAGGGACCAACUGAUCGACAGACAGUACAACACAGGGAGAGAGAAACUACAGAAGAUCCGCCUGCUCAUGGCUCGGAGGAACCGAGAGAUUGCCAUCUUGCAGAGGAAGAUUGAUGAGGUGCCAAGCCGAGCUGAGCUCACACAGUAUCAGAAGAGAUUCAUUGAACUCUACAGUCAAGUUUCUGCUACUCACAAAGAGACUAAGCAGUUCUUCACUCUGUAUAAUACGUUGGAUGAUAAGAAAGUCUAUCUUGAGAAGGAGGUGAACCUCUUGAAUUCUAUUCAUGACAACUUCCAACAAGCCAUGUCGUCUUCAGCUGCCAAAGAGCAGUUCCUCAAACAGAUGGAGCAGAUAGUGGAGGGAAUCAAACAGAAUCGCAUCAAGAUGGAGAAGAAGAAGCAGGAGAACAAGAUGAGGCGAGAUCAGCUGAAUGAUGAGUACCUAGAGCUCCUUGACAAGCAGAGGCUGUAUUUCAAAACUGUCAAGGACUUUAAAGAGGAGUGUCGGAAGAACGAGAUGCUACUGUCUAAACUGAGAGCUAAAGGAGCCUCUUAGCUCUGACCAUACUGUUAGUGUGUUUCAUUCAAAGUAAUAAAUAUGAUGCAAACCACUUACAGAUCUAAUUACUUGGAUGACUUUCAUAUAAAAUCCUGGACAUGAAACGUGUUCUUCACAUGUGCCACAUGCAGCAGACUGGACAACAUAAAUGCAAAUCAUUGUUUUAAUCACGUUCUGGAACAUCAUAGUGAUCACUAAUUAAGACCACGAUCAGCCAGUUCUACCUAAAGUUUUACAUUUCAUGGUGACCUUAACAAUAACAAACUUAACCAGAGCUCCACAACAGUCUUGCAAAUCAUGACACUGUGUUUAAUAAUAAUGGGCAAGUCUUACUAACCCCCCACACUGCACUGACUGUGAAGUAUACGUAUGUCUUUAUGUUGAUCAUGAAGUCAGGCUGCAACAGUGAAGAGAAUCCCAGACCUUGUAAUAAUGAUGUUCUUGUUUUGGAGAGUUUCCUGGUGUAUUUACAUGCCUCUGAAGAUUGUCUUCCAUGUACCAUCCAGUCACCAUGGAUGCAGUGUUUAAUGAAUAAAGAAUUGCUUAUACAAACAGC